UCCGUCCUUUCAAAAGCAUUAAAGUGUUGACGUUUCUUCUCCCAAUACAAGCCAAUAUUCAGAUUACAUGGACACUAAUCAAAUAACCCGGGUUAUUUCAUUUGUCAACAUGUUCAUAAGAAUUUUCUACCAGGCGUUAAAGGCAUUUAUAUGGAACGACAUCUUUCAAAAGCAAUGUCGCUAGUCCAGAUUUAGGGAAUAUUGGAUUAUGACAAGACGUUUGAUGGUUUUAUUUUACAUACCAGCUGUGCCACAAAUCGUUUCAUACCUCAAACAAAUUCCUAAUUUUGUAUCCUGCGAGUACUUUCUAUGAAGCAGUAAUUUUCCUUUUGAGCCAUUCUUGUCAAUACCUGCAGCUCCCAGAACAGCCUUAAAAAAAAAAAAAGUGUUGUCAGAUGCUCUAAAGGACAACUGGCAAGAAGGCUUUGGAGGUGGUUUUGCUUGGUUGGGGGUUCCCCCCCCACCCCCCAGUUUUAAAGGAAGCUCCUCUUUUAAAAGUACCGUUACCAGGGGGAAUCCCGUCCACCUUCUGAGCCCCCCCCCCCCACUUCCCAGCCUGCGCUGCAUUCGCAGCCGCUCCCGGGAUGCCUUCUGCCUCGGGAAGAGCUCCGCGCCCCCCCCCGGCGGGGGUAGCAGCGGGUCCCGGGGGAGGGGGACGACUCGGGGCCGGCGGGGGGGCCGGGGGGCCGGCGCUGGGGUAGGCGUUUCCCGGGGUCUGCUCUGGGCGGGGAGCCGUCGCGGGGGAGGAGGAUGCCGCCGUGCCGGGGCGGUGCGGCGGCGGGGCGGGGGGGAACCACCGGCGCAGCUCUUGGGGGGCCGGGCGGCCCCGGUGGUGGGGUGAGGGCUCCGCGGGGACGCGGCCGUAGCGGGAUCCUGGGAGAGGCGCGCCGGGAAGGGGGCGCGGCGGGGACGCCGGUGCCGGAGAGCCCCCGUCCGCGGAGAGCCAGCAGCGGGACCCCCAGGUUUAUGAUGGAACUUACAUCUUUGCCUAAAUUCCUUUGGACAACUGACAACAAACUUCUGCAUCAUCAUUUUCCGGACAUAUUGGCGACUGUUCAUACCACACAAGACAUUCCCGAAGAAGUUGUUUUCGGACCAUGCAUGCUCCAGAACACCCUGCUGGACACUGUAGCUUUUAUUGCUCUGAAGUGUUCUGAUAGACGGAACAUCCACUAUGUCUUUAAGGUAGACGUUACGUCUGUGCAUAGUCCCACAGGACUGCCUUGGAUGAGACUUGUACAAGCAGCUGCCAAUAGCAAGGAGCAGAACUUGGAAGCAUACUUGGAAAACAGUCAGUUAUAUUAUCGCUCUACCAGGAAGAUCAACAAAAAUGAGGAGCUGCUUGUCUGGUAUGAUGAGGAGCUUUCCUGCCUCUUGGGUUUCAAUGAGAUAAAAGCACAGAGUCCGCAGAAUGAGUUCAGAUGCCAAGAAUGCAACCGAAUCUUUAAAUGUGAGCAUUCCUAUCUCUCCCAUGUCCGCUUCCUAUGUGUCCCAGAGAAGAGCACCCUGCUAUGGAGAAACUUCCAGAACCCUAAGACUGAAAAGAACAACUUAGCUGAGCAGACCACGAAUUUCCACAGCCUGGCAAGGGAUCUAGAGGUCAAAAUGGCAGCUUGUAAAGAUGAUGCCCAUGGUCUCACAGGAGAAAGGACAGCAAAAUCUGAAGAGGCUGAGAACAACAGGAGCAGGAAAACAGUGUUGUUGGAGAAAACCAAUAAUCUAAGUGAGGAACAUAACUAUGGGGGCAAGGAAGAGGUUGGGGGAGAGCAUGCAUUGGCUGGGUCUUUCUGGAAGCUUAGUUCAGGGAAGCAGUCAGCUAGGAAGGAUGCUUUAGAGCAGAAGCAGAGCGCUUUCACUGAGGUCAGGAGGAUGAAGGAGAAGCUGAGGAAUGAGAGACCGAAGGAGCCAGAAGAGGAGGAUGGCAUGGUCCCACUUAGUAAAAAGCAGGUAUCAAAGGAAGUGUUGCUGAACUCCUCCGGUAGUGCAUUCUCCUUUGUGUGGCCCACCAGAGCCCCAGGAGAACAGAAGAGUGCUUUCAGCAAGCCCAGUAAGUGUCUAACAGAAAGAGCUGCAAUAAAUUCUUCUCAUCCCAUGAGUGAGUCACCAAAGAGCCUGGGGGAGCUGUCUGGCUUCAUUGCCACCACAGACAUCAUGUACUGCAGCACGCUUCUCAAUUCCAAGUUCUUUGUCAGUGAUUUGUGUAAUGCUCAGAUGCUGCAGACAAGCAUCACUCAGAGCAAUGUUUUCCCAUAUACCUCAGAACCGUGGCCCAAACAAGCAGGAGGACAGUUACAAAACACAACCACCACUUCUUCUUCCUCUUCCUCCUCUUCCUUGACUCUUCUUCCCCCUACUUUCACGUCCUUUGGAGUGGCUGCCCAGAACUGGUGUGCCAAAUGCAACCUGUCCUUUCGCAUGACAUCCGAUUUAGUCUUCCACAUGCGGUCACAUCACAAAAAAGAAUACUCCUCAACUGAAUCCCAGUGCAAGAGGAGACGAGAGGAGAAGCUAACAUGUCCCAUUUGUCACGAGUACUUCCGAGAACGCCAUCAUUUAUCCCGGCACAUGACUUCUCAUAAUUAGAGCUGUGCAGACAGAUCUCACGAAGGGACUGAGCAGGUUGGGUAAAGAAGGGAAACGUAGUUCACUUGUAUCCAUUUCUUUUUGAGUUUACAUUAAUUUCUUACAGGAAAUCACUGUUUACAAUAAUUUAUAAUAGAUGCUUUGCAAAAAGAUAUAAAAUGUUUACAAGAGUCUGAGUGGGUUGUAAGUUUCAAAAACUCAAGCUAGCCCUUGUCAAUCUAUUUUUGAGGAAAUAAAAUAGUGAAAUGAAUGCACAUGCAGUAUUAAUUUGCAAAGAGUUGGGAACAAAACCAUUGUUUUGCAAACAGAGUUUUCUUUGCUUGUAUUUGAUUUGCUGGUGUCUGUGCAGUACAAUGUAAAUACAGAAGUAACAACCACCUCAUUGAAUAAGGAAUCUUUAAGCAAAAAAAAAUAAAAAUCAGAGCUUAUAUGCUAAAAGAAAAGCAGUUACUGUUUCUAGCAGCUUGGGUGGACUCUUACUCCUUUAUGUUAGCUGAAUAAGUUCUCUUAUCAGAUUUGUGAAUCUGAGUAAAAAACUUAUAUAUCACUGUCUCCUUGGCUUUGAAAGGGAUUUGAAGUUAAGACUCUGUCUGAAAUUUGUGAUCAUCAACAACUGACCAGUAUACCUCUAAAGAGGAUGUGACUUGUAGAUCAGUAUAUCUGAGUUCUGUUCUAGGCUCUGCCACUUUUGAAAUAUCUUUUACAAAGUCAAAUCAACUUGUAUCUGUAUGAAAAUGUGACCUGUUGUCAAUGUUAUUGUGUAGACAGAGAGCACAAAUUCUGCCCUAAUGUGUGCUUGCAAGAUCUGUGUGACUUUAGUAGGCAUACAGAUCCGGUGGGGCUAGAGUUUGGCCUGUGGCUUUCAGGUUUUGGAUAUCCUAAAGGAAGCAACUAGAGUAUUUGAGUUACUGUUAGCUACUGAUAGAUAGAAUCUGCACACUUUAAUUGUGGAUGGUAGGCUCUGUUCUGCUAACAGCUAGAAGAAGAACGUCCUUCACAAAAUCACACAGGCAUACAUGAAUUGCAUUGCAUUAGACCAGCUUGUCUAUCCUCUGGUUUCUACAUUGGCCAAUUCCAGCUUUUUUUAAAAGAAAGUGCCAAAUUCUCUCUAUAGCCCGUCCAUAUGAGACAUUUUUCUCUUACCUACGUUGGUUUGAGCUCUGCUUAGUCUCAGAAGCAGAUGAGUUCAUACUGCUCUGGGUGAGUGUGUGGAAGCAACAAUCCUGUCUAUUGUUACUGCAGCUCAUUUAAUUAGCCUUUCAUUACUUUUUAAAUCCAUUUAGAGGCUUGCUCUUGAUAGCUUAUGACAACGUGUUCUUCAAGUGAGCAUUUAUCUCUCUCUUGUAUAGUAUUUUUUCAGAUUGUCUGAUGUUCUUGUGGCCUGCCUCUGAGCCUCAUCUGCUAUCUCUUCCUUUCAGAGAGGGAAUGAUCAGAAGCCACUCAUUUCCCAGCUAAGAGUAAAGGACAUUGCAAUAUGCUCCUUAUUAUUUUCCACCAUACUGAUGAUAUAGUCCAGUGUUUGUCUGCUGCACACUGGACAGAAGUUUUCUUUGAGUUCCAUGGUGAUGCCUAGGCUGAUAAUGCAAGUAUCAGCAAGUAAACACAUCUCGGUGAUAAAAGACAGCCUGAGGGUCUUAGGCUGUCAGUUGAGAUCAACAUAUUACACUCAUUGUCAUCUCUUGGGAGAUUUCUAUAAGUCAGGAGUCUGUAUUCUUCCCAAUAUAUUGCUGUUGAACAUUAAUACGUGGCUGUUUCCUAUUAACAUAAACAUUUGACUUAUUGCAGGCCAACCACUGGCUGUGCACCCCAGCUUUAUUUUCCCAACAUAAAGUGAUUAAACUGUUACAUUAUGCCUUUGAGUUCAGAAGACAUAAAUUGAGACUGGAGGUCUGGUUGGAUUGUAACACAGCUUUCCAAGGUCAGUGGUGGAAGCUCUUCCACUGGAGUCAUUAAAUACCAAAAUGAACAAAAACUUUGAAAUAUGGAGCACAGGGAACAACCUUGUAUUGAGCAGGGGAUGAUGUGGUUUCCUUCUAAUCUUUCCAUCUCUGUUUUGUGUCCAAUAACAUUUACUGUGUAAGGAAUAUAUUUAUGGCAAGGUUUAAUGGGCCAAAUUUCACUCCAUCUGGUUUUAUCUGGGUGGCAGCCAGUUUACUGUGAAGUCAGUGUCCAUAAAGUGUAAUGAAGGACUCCAUGGUGUAACUGCAUUCAUAUGUGGCUAGGGUUAUAGUUCCCAUCAGCAGCUUAGGCCAGAUUGUGAUCUCAUUUAUUCCAGUGCAAAUCCAGAAUAAUUCCAUGUUGCUACUCCUGAUUUACAUCAAUUAUUUUAAGAUCAGCCUGGCCCAGUAUAAAUAGGACUAAAGAUUUUUUGGUACCAUUGCUGCAAAAUGUUCUCUCCUGUACUUACUGAAAGAUGCCAUGUUUUCUUAACAGUUUUAUGGUUAGAAACCUAGCUUCAGAUUUCUUCUGGAAAAAGACAGGACCAGCUGCGUAAUGCUCCCCAGUAUUAUGCUGGCACAUCACUUCAACAUUACCCUGCUCCAAGGGCCUGUUUUUCAAGCACGCUACACCUGGCAUAUCAUUUAGAUCAGAAUGAAGCAGUACCAAAUCUAACCGGUUACGUGUUUUCUCUGAUUUUGUGUUGGUGUAAGUGAGCUUGAGAAAGUGCGGAAAACCAGCCACUGAAAACAGCUGCUGAAUCUCAAAACCUCUUCCAAUGGUGUGUUAGAUCUACAUCCUUAGAGGUCUCACCAGUAAUCAAACUUCUUCACUCUGCUUAUAGUAUAAGGCUUAAGCAAGCAGCAAGGCUAGAGGGAGAGAUAGCUUUCCUUUAUGUCAUGAAGUUGUUUUCUUUGGGGAAAAAAAUGGUAAGAACUCUUACCCAGUUUCUUUGUGGGCAUAUCUCAGCCACAGCAACUUGCAUACUGUGAUGACAAGCAAUGUAUAAAUGCCUUCUGUGCACAGAAAGGCAAGAGAACCAGUUAUGAAAAGUGGCAGACCUGCUUCAAAAUGUAAAAAUGAAGAGGAGAGGUUUUUAAUCAGCUUUAUUUCUGGUACUGUCCUCACCUCCUCCAGCUGCAGGGGCAGCGCAGUUUGGUCCUAGCAUGUAAAGACUGGGGAUUUUCCUCUUGCAACAUGGAACUGCAGGCAAAUGUGUGCAAUACUGCCCUUGCUCCUUUGCAGGUGGCCACUGGCAUAAAAACUGAGUGAACAAAUUGCUUCUUAUACUCAGCUAAAAUGUUUUGUGAACUAAGACUUGUUUACACACCCAACUGACCAAUAUGACAUCUUGUUGCCUGCUAUACCUGUGCUGACAUCAGAGCAAAACAUAGAUGCCAACAGAACCAGAACUUGAUUCCCUAUGUGUAAAACGAGCUCUUGUGUAAAGCCCCUUGUGCAGGCAGAGGGAAUAUCUUUUAUGUGUCUCAAGUUUAACUGAGUGUCUCAUCUAAGCUGGGUUACAUAAACCAGGGGGCUUAUCCAAAAUUUUUGCAGAUUUUAUUUCUUUAAAUGAAAGUAUUCUAUUAAAGCUGAGUGAACCAAAUAUUGCACAGGCAGAAGGAAGCCUAACGAGACAAAGAAAAACAAACUUCCUAUAAUUGAGUCAUGCUGGAAGCUUUUUUUACCUUAUGUCUAGAAGUCUGAACGUUUAAAUUGGUGCAGAUGAAAGGAAAUCCUGCUGGAGGAAAGGCACUCCACUAGAGCAGGGGGUUUGUGAAGAAAUGAAGGGACUUCAGGAAUUCAUGAAGGACUGCAUUCUGUCCCAGUGCAAUACUGUGAUUUUACAGCAGGGAUCUCUGUCUUUUCUACAAGUAGAAAUGCUUGGAAUUAAAAAAAAAUAGGAUUUUGUUUUCUGAAACAGGAGGAGACAAUCUGAAGUCAGCUGACUGGUUCUUUUCCUGUCUUUGCUAGCAACUGCCUGUGUCAUUUUGAUCAAACCACUGUUUCUCACAACAUCUGUGUCUGGGUCAGUGAAAAGGGGCGUAACACAAUGCUGUCAAGCUUAGCUGUUCAGGCUGUGUAUCUGCAGUGGGUUGUGAGUUUACUGGUAGGAAAUGCCGGAUUAGGAUAUUUGUUCACUCAUUGAUCCCUGAACUUUUUCCAAUGAAGAAGUGUUUCUCCAUCAAAACAGCACUCAAAUACGUUUUUGGAGACUAUAUGUUUACUUGCUUUUUGGGGGAUAAUUUUUCACUAGUUGAUGCAGUCUGUGGGCUCCCAUUGUUCUAGAGAGCACAGUUUGAAAAUCACUGGACUAAGGCAGCUUUUGUGGUAUGAUCAGGGAAGACUACAUUAGAAGCACUCUCCAGAGAGCAAGAAUGCAUCAUUUUGUAGCAAAAAAAUGAAUAAGCUUGCUGCCAUUUCUUGGUUAGGGUUCCUUGAAUGCUAAAAGGAGAAAGAUCAUACUGCUAGGAGGCCUGAUACACCAACUCCUUUCUUCCUGCCUUUAAAAGGAACAUGAUUAGGAUGAAACUUUAGGAAGUUACUCUAGGUGGCAUGAUAAGGAAAUGGUGCUAUAAAAUGUUGAAUGUCCAUGUCAGCUCUGGAACCAGAAGAGAGAAGGAUGACAGUUUCAGCAUGUUUCCUGUUGUGUUGUGGAAGGGGACUUCUGAAAUUCUUGUCCCUCCCUAAGAAAACUUCUGUCUAACUUUCUCAUUUAAAUCACAAACCAUGGAUUUUCCAUAACUAAUUUUCAUUCAUAGUUUUGUGAUGUUCAAACCUUUCAAUGCAGUCUAAUUUUCUAUACAAUUACUGUCUGUAGUUCUGUGAGGUCUGUUGAUAACACUGUGCUGUGGUCAUGGUUUGGUUUGAGCUCACAGUUUUAGUGGUCACUAGAAACAUCGAAAAUGCCAGGUGGAGCCAAACCUGGGGGACAUACAUACAAAGUGGGCCCUACAGCUCAGGAUCUAUGUCUUCCUUGACACUGUAGAAGAAGGUGGAAGGUCCAUACAGAAAGCAGCUAGGGGGAAAAAAAAGUUCUUGACCACAUAGAUGAUAGCGAUCUGCUUUAGUUCUGAAAGUGCAGGUUUAGGUUUCAGGGAAAGUUCUGUUACCUAUCAUAAUUCCAGAUGUUCUAGAGGUGCUUGGUACUCUAAACAGUACAAUCUCACUAGGUUCAGUGCUACUUGCCUCAGUGAAUCCUGCAGGCUCUGCCUUUACAUGUAUUUCCUUUUUGUCAGUUCUGAAUUGACCUCCUUUCAACUUCACUGUAUUAAAGUGAGAUAGGAUAGGAUAUAGUUCAUCUAUCCUUGUUGUUAUCUCUCUACUCUGAGAUAAGAAAGCUGGUCUUCUCAGUGUCUUCAAACAAGGUGUUUCCUGUGAUCCUACCUUGAGCAAAAAGUACAAUCUUAACACAAUUUGCACUACAUCAUGUUCAGGUUCUAAGCUCAUUGAGACGGGAAUAAACAUGACAUAGCAGUUUGUGAAGACAGGAAAAAAUUGGUUUUUUAACACACUGGCCUUUAUUAAGCCUGAUAGUUUCAAUGCCAGUUAGCCAGUAGAUGACCUAUGAAAUAGUAAAUAUUUUGUCAAUUAAUACAAUUUGUGAAGGUUGCACAUGAAUUUUCCAGUUAAAUAGAUUACGUCAGUGAACUAACAGCACUAUUGAUUUCAAAUGGACUCACCAGCAAAUGCAUCUUCAUUGUUUGUUUUCCCAGCUGGAUUCCAAUUUCUAGUCAUAUUUAUUAUGCAUAAGUACUUACCAUAUUACUACGGGAAGAAAUUAUUUGCUAUUUGUGCCCAUAUGGUAUAGCUUUUGGUCCUUGAAUGGAUGGCUAAAGUAUUUAAAUGUUGGGUUUAACAACUAGUAUUGUUUGUACAUGACAGCACAACUGAUUGUGUUUAGGAAAACAAAGCAGUAUAUCUGGAUCAUUUAGAUAUUAAAGAGGCUUGAAAGACAUUAGAAGAAAUACAUUAGUGUUGUUUACUCAUUCAUUGACUACUCCAGUCUUUUUCGUAAUAAGAAUCUUUAAUAUUCUUCACGCAUAUAUCACUUUACACAAAAUUCUGUAUGAGUUUUAAUUCAUUUAAAUAUUUUCCACAACACUAAGAAGUUCAACAACUAGCUAGUGCAUAAAAAUCAGAACAUGGAAAUGACUCAAAAGUGUCCAGGUUAGCAAUCGCUUUGAGCAUAGUUGGUAAGACAAACAAGUAGUAAAAAAUUUGGAAAGUCUAUUUGGUUGUUAAAAUUAUUUUCCUGUAAAUACUGAAAGAGGUUCUCUGCAGUCAGAUGUUUAAACACAGUUUA